GAUAUCCUAAAAUUAUGUUGGCAGCCCUACCCAAUAGGCACGUUAAUGAGUAUUAUCUGGAAUAAUAUUGUGAAAGCGGUCAACAAUAAGUGCGAGCGAGAUGCAAGAUCACAAUUGAGAACGUUUAGAAAUUGUUUGCAUUGCUGCUGUAUUUGUAUUUUUAUAAAUAAAUAAGUGUUCGACGGCAUAAAAGCUUAAAAAUGAGUUCGGGGCCGAUGCGAACGCCCGUGUCACAGAUCAUCCACAGCAAGGAUGUUCAGGAUGCGGAAGAGGAGCCCAAGAAAAAGUCUCGGGAAGAUUGGCGUAAGGCCAAGGAGCUGGAAGAGGCUCGAAAGGCGGGUACUGCACCUGCCGCGGUGGAUGAGGAGGGUCGGGAUAUAAACCCACACAUACCGCAGUAUAUUUCGAAUGCCCCGUGGUAUUACGGCUCUCUGGGACCCACACUUAAGCAUCAGCGGCCGCAGCACGAGGAUGAGCAAGGUCAAUUAGACAACAGAGCGCCUAAGGGACUGGACACGAGUAAAGUUGUGACCAAGUUUCGAAAAGGAGCCUGUGAAAAUUGUGGGGCAAUGACGCAUAAAAAGAAAGACUGCCUGGAAAGGCCGCGCAAAGUGCAGGCCAAAUACGCCGAGUCCAUUGUGGUGCACGAUGAGCAUAUUGUGCGCGAUGCCUCGAUUAACUACGAUGAGAAACGAGAUCGCUGGAGCUCCUACGAUCCGUCCAAUCAUCGUGAAAUCAUCGAGGAGUACGAAAAAGUGGAAGAGGCAAAACGACAACUUAAGGCAGAAAAGUUAAAGAAUGAUCCGGAUGCCGAAAUUUCCGAUGAGGAAGGCAAUGAAGAUAAAUAUGUGGAUGAGGUGGACAUGCCGGGUACUAAAGUGGACUCCAAGCAGCGCAUUACAGUGCGUAAUCUGCGUAUACGUGAAGAUACUGCAAAAUAUUUGCGUAAUUUGGAUCCUAAUUCGGCGUACUAUGACCCUAAGACACGCUCUAUGCGAGACAAUCCCAACCCUGCAAUGCCAGCGGAAGAAUGCGAAUUUGCGGGCGAAAACUUUGUGCGAUUUUCCGGAGACACUACAGCUCAGGCCACAGCGCAAUUGUUUGCUUGGGAGGCGCACGGCAAAGGUGUUGAUGUGCAUCUACUAGCUGAGCCAACAAAACUGGAACUGCUGCAAAAGGAGUAUGAGCAAAAGAAGGAGCAAUUUAAAUCUAGCACAAAAACGAAUAUUGUGGAAACAUAUGGCGGCGAGGAGCAUCUACAGGCGCCGCCCAAAUCAUUAUUGCUGGCCCAGACAGAGGAGUAUAUUGAGUACUCGCGCAGCGGCAAGGUAAUCAAAGGCAUUGAGAAGCCCAAGGCACGCAGUAUAUAUGAGGAGGAUGUGUACAUUAACAACCACACUACCAUAUGGGGCAGCUUUUGGAAUGCCGGCCGCUGGGGCUAUAAGUGUUGCAAAUCCUUUAUCAAGAACUCGUACUGUGUGGGCAUGCAGGAGCCAGAGGGCUACUCUGAGCAGCAGCAGCAGCAUGCCACAAGCUCAAGUGUGUCAACAGCCUUGCCUACGGUUGAAGCUGUGCAGCCAGAAACAGCUGACGUGAAUACCGAAAAGACGUCUGAAGUGGAUUCAGCGCCAAGCUCAGAAGAAUCGUCUGAAGAAGAUGAGCCCGUGAAAGAAAGCAAAAAGUCAAAAAAGAAAUCUAAAAAGCGUGAAAAGAAAAAGAAGGCCAAGGAACAACGCAAGGAGAAAAAGAAGCACAAGGCGGCCAAGGAGAAAGUGGCAACGCAGCCUCGAUCCAAAGAUCGUUCUGAUGAAAUUGACGAUCGCAAGCGGCCCUACAACAGCAUGUACGAUGUGAAGGCACCCACCGAAGACGAAAUCGAGGAAUGGAAAAAGAAACGCACUCGCACUGAAGAUCCCAUGUUGCAAUUCUUAUAAAUGUAAAUACUAUAG